AUGAUUACUUUUCUUUCUUUCUUUCUUUCUUUCUUUCUUUCUUUCUUUCAUUCACUCUUUCUUUCUAACCCAUUCAUUCUAUUGUACUACAUUUUCUAUUGUCAUUCUUUAUUUCCUUUCUUUCUUUCUUCCUUUCUUCUUCAUUUAUCUAUUCUUUUGCACUAUAUUAUCUAUUUUUCUUUUCUUCAUUUUUCUAUUUCUUUCUUCCUUUCCCUUUUCUUUCUUAAUCUAGCCAUUCCUUUGUACUUAAUUUUCUGUUUUUCUACCUCCUUUCUUUUCUUAGCUUUUCUAUUUCGUUUUUCUUUCUUAGUUUCUUUCCUAACUAUUCAUUCUUUUGUAAUAAAUUUUAUAUUGUCUUUCUUCCUCUCCUUACCAGUUUCCCUUUCUUUCUUUCUUUCUUUCUUUCUUUCUUUCUUUCUUUCUUUCUUUCUUUCUUUUUUCCUUUUUUGCUUGCUUUACCUACAUAUUCUUUUGUGCUAUAUUUUAUAUUCUUUUCUUUGUUUCACUUUGUUAUUGUCUUCUUCUUUUGCAUCUUCUUUUUCUUCUGCGACAUUCUUUCAUUUUUUUCAUGUCACUUUUACUUGUCCAUUUUUAUCUUUCUGCAACAUUCACAUUCUUUCAACGUACUUAUUGAAAAAAGGUUUUUUUUAUUUCUCCUUUUCCUUCAGUUCUAUUCCUCACCACCUUUUCUGUUUGUUUGAAAUAUAUAUUUUUACAGAACAAACACUCAAAGAUGGAAGGCGUUUACCAAAGCGACCAGGCGUGCCUUUUGUCAUCCGCCUGCUGCACGAGCGUUCGUUCGUGACUCUCUAUCUUGAUGUUCGGCUGUCUCCGUGA